GGCACCAAAACCUCAAGGCGACUUGGUGCCUUUUAUAGGCUUUAAACCAAAAUUCUCCAGAAGCUACGAACGCUAAACCCCUCGGCCGUCAGAAGUUAUCCAGUCUCUCUUUUCACGGUUUCUUCAGUCUCCAACCCUUCACGCCACGCUUAGUAUCCAAUUCCUGUAAGAUCCCCUAUAUCCUACUACUUGUUUUUCCCGUGACAGCAUUGAAUUUACGGUUCUUUCUUUCUUUCCCCAAUAAAUGUGCAAAUAACCGUUCAUAUAUGCUUCUCCAAUCCUGUGGACGAUCAUCCUGAUAAUUGUUCGACCUGCCAUCGAUAAAACUCUGACAAGAAGACUUGGGUUUUAAGGAAAAUGGAGAUGGGGCUGGUUACGUUGCUGAGAGUAGCAUGGAUUGCAGGGACUUUGCCAAUUCUGGUAGCUUCUAUACCCUGCUCUAAGCUCAAUUGGUUUCACGAUUUCUUGCUGGGGUUUGCCAGGCGAGGCAAGACUAUGCAGCAAUCAUCUUCUAGAAAAUUCACUGUCCCGCAGAAGUUCUUUUGUCACUUUUAUGCAUUGGCUGUUAUUUGGACAACGUUCUUGCUGUUAGCAACAUGGCUUUACGCAUACAAUAUGGCACUAUUGGUCUCCCAGCCACUGCACUUUUCUAGGAUUACCAGCUAUCUCACGGGGGGUUCACAUAGCUUUUGGUUGCAUGGAUCUCCUUCGAUGAAGAUAGAACAGAGAUACAGAUGUUGGGUAUCUAUUUUUCUGCUUUUGUUAAUGGAAGCUCAAGUGCUGAGACGCCUUUAUGAAACGAUAUAUGUCUUUAAGUACAGUCCUUCAGCUCGGAUGCACAUUUUUGGUUAUUUCACAGGCCUAUUUUUCUAUACAGCAGCGCCAUUGUCACUUUGCUGUAAUUACAUGUCAGAGGUAUUCCUAUUUGCCUCAAAUCUGAUUCAAGAACUAAUAGUUAAAGGGAAGGACCGCAUGCAAUUCGGUGAAUAUAGUUGGUGGGGAUUUGUCAGCCCUCUCUUAAAACUUAAAUGGCAUGCUUGGUUAGGUGCAGCUAUUUUCCUUUGGGGUUCGGUUCAUCAGCACCGCUGUCAUGCGAUUCUUGGUUUAGUGCGGGAUAACUCAGAGCAGAUUGAGGACUACAUAAUUCCUUAUGGUGAUUGGUUCAAAUAUGUUUCAAGCCCUCAUUAUCUGGCUGAGAUUGUAAUAUAUGGUGGUCUUCUGGUUGCUGGUGGAUGUUCAGACAUUACGCUAUGGUUGCUUUUUGGGUUUGUCGUGGCGAAUCUUGUUUUUGCGGCCGCUGAAACACACAGGUGGUAUCUGAGAAAGUUUGACAACUACCCUAGAGAGCGUUUUGCCAUAAUUCCAUCAUUUUAUUAAUGCGCUCAAGUUCACAACAGUGGAGGUUAGCACUAGUACCUGGUGAUACAACCAUUGGCUGUUUAAGAGUGGCUACUACUCCGAUCCAUUGUUAUCCUAAUUGUAUAUCCUGCAAGUUGAUGCUCGACGUGGAAUUGAAGUUGGGCGAAGAUGUGAAAGCGUGUUUUGAUCAUGAAAAAUUUCCAACCGAUGUGAUACAGGAAUUCUUUGUUUCCCUAUUUA